GAUAUUAUAGUUCCACCAUUCUCCACCAUCUCUCCCUAAUUUCCCCUUUCUUUCCAAACUCGGCCAGUUAUUUCAACCGGGCAGCAAGAAUUUCUCUAUUUUUGUUUAAAUCAAAGUUGAAAAUCUCUGGUUUUUUACUGGAAUGAUUAUAGUCCAACAUGACCAGAUCAAUGGCACAAGUAUAUGAGAGAAAUAGAAUCUUCAAUUGCCCUCCACCUCCAAUUUCUCCUUCUCCUUCAUCACACGGGGUAAAAGGUAAUUUCCACAUCAAGCUAAGCCCGGCAGUGAUUAUCAUCAUAGCCACCGUCGCCGUCCUGUUCUUCAUCUCCGGCCUGCUCCACUUGCUCGUCAGAUUGCUCGUCAAGAAGCCCUCUUCUUCUUCUUCGGGAUCGGAAGUAGUGGGCCACACGGAAGCCCUCCAGAGACAGCUCCACCACCUCUUCCACCAGCACGACGGCGGAUUGGACCAGGCCUUCAUCGACGCCUUGCCGGUGUUCGUCUACCGAGAGAUCCUGGGGGGCCCGCCGCAGGCGGCGGAGCCCUUCGACUGCGCCGUCUGCCUCUGCGAGUUCCGAGAGAAGGACAAGCUCCGGCUGCUGCCGGCGUGCGGCCACGCCUUCCACGUCGGCUGCAUCGACACCUGGCUCCUCUCCAACUCCACGUGUCCCCUCUGCAGGGGAACCCUGUUCCAGCCCGGCUCCUCCGUCGAGAACCCCGUCUUCGAUUACGACGAUGACGUGGCCCCCGGCGACCCAGCUGAGAAAGAAAUUACCGGCGGCGAGGAAAUUGUUGUUGCGCCGGAAAAGUGGAGUCUUUCUGUGAGACUGGGGAAGUUCUGUAAAGUGAACAGUACGGGCGUCGGAGACGACCAAGUAGAGGCGGCGAGCAGCAGCAGCAGAUUGGACGCAAGAAGGUGUUUUUCAAUGGGAUCGUAUCAAUAUGUCGUCGGAGAUGAUAAUCUCAGGGUGGCAUUCGACAACAAUUUCAGAGUCAAGAAACCGAGAGACGGUGAAGGGCAUCCACUCCCGCCGCCGCCGCCGCAUCAGGCGUCGGCUUCGUGUGAUGGUGCGGAUGGGAAGAGGUUGAGUAUUGGGACAAAGACGGAUAGCUUCUCCAUUUCCAAGAUUUGGAUUUGGUCGAAGAAGGCCAAAUUCGGGUCAUCAGAUUCUCAUGUUUAUGUUUGAAUUUUGAAAUAUGUCUACUAGUAGUUUAUUUUGAAAAAGCCCCUAAGUAGUAGUAAAAUGUCUUUUAAAUACCAAAAGCAAAGCAUGAUAAUUUUAUGUUCAAAAUAGGAGUUGGUGAUAUAAAUUUUCAACGUGAUGAUAAUAAAACAAUGUAAAUAGU